CGCCGGCCUGGCGCUGCUGCCGGUGUUCCUGCCAUGUCCACGCUGUUCCCCUCGCUCCUGCCGCGCCUCACCGAGUCCCUCUGGUUCAACCUCGACCGGCCGUGCGUUGACGAGACCGAGCUGCAGCAGCAGGAGCAGCAGCACCAGGCCUGGCUCCAGAGCAUUGCUGAAAAGGACAACAACUUGGUGCCCAUAGGAAAGCCAGCGUCUGAGCACUAUGAUGAGGAGGAGGAGGAGGAUGAUGAAGAUGAUGAAGACAGCGAAGAGGACUCAGAAGAUGAUGAGGACAUGCAGGAUAUGGAUGAGAUGAAUGAUUAUAAUGAGUCUCCUGAUGAUGGGGAGAUCAAUGAGGUGGACAUGGAGGGGACAGAGCAGGAUCAGGACCAGUGGAUGAUCUGAUUCUGCCACAACUACACCAAACUGGAGGCUGGGGGAGAGCCUUUGCCCCUCACGGCUCUGGGGGACAGUUCAGUGAAGCUCCUCCUGCCGUGGGUGCUGUGUGGGGCAGGGGGGUUCUGAGGGGAGACUGCCACCUGGCACAUUGGAGCUGACACAUCUUUUCUAAUAAACUCAGUUUUCAAGAAAACAA